AUGUUACGAUUUAUAAAUUGUGAUAAUGUGUAURGGGCUAAUUUUGAGCGUUGGUGUCGAUUAAGAGGAAAUUUGCUAUUUUAUCUUAAGUCUCAUGAUCAGCUAUCAGAUUUACUUGGUGUGAUUGUUCUACAAAAUUAUUCUGUACAAUUAGACGAGUCUCCACCAGAUGGACCAUUUGGUUUUCAAAUAGUAUUUGAAAAUGGCAUUUGUCAACAAAUUGCUGCGCAUACAGAGCCAGAAAGAGAUUCUUGGUUAGAAGMUAUUAAGCAAGCAAGCUACGAAAUCAUGCGGGCUAGACUGUUGGAUUUAAGAAGACAAUUAGAAGUAAAGCGAAAACCUGAUUUAGAUAUUAAUAUGUGGAGAUUACGCAAAAAUCAGCCUAAACUAGAUCUUACAAAAGUACCAUUGUGUGAAAUAUGUUUUUCUUGUGAUAAUCUGAUGUGUGAUGGGCAUGGGCGUUCUCCAAAUCCAGCUAUUGUUGUAUCAAUUUGUAUACCUAGUGAAAAUGUUUGGAUAAACUAUGCUAACACAGAAGUUAUCAUAGAUAAUAGUAAUCCAACAUUUUUGAGAACUAUAUGGUUACAGUGCAGUGACGGAUUAACUGAGGAUUGUAUCCUUCGAGUAUCAGUCUAUGAUGUCCGAGAAUGUAUUUCUGGAACUGCUGUGAAAAUGGGACAUUGCGAAACAACACUUUGUUCGUUGUUGGAAACUACUCAAUCGGGAAACAAUGGACAACGUGUUCGUUUGCCUCUGUCAUCACCAAGUAUUAGAUCCGAUUUAGAUAAAAUUAUUGGUUUUGUGUCCAUGACGAUUUGUCGCCCAGACAAACAGAUUGGACAUAACAUGAGUACAGAGUCCACACCAUGCAAAUCAUUAAUGUAUAAUAAUCAUAACUUUCCUAUGGUAAACCAUCGAAGAACACAAUCAUUACCUCCAAGACUUGGAUCCAGAUUACGUGUUCCAUUACAGAACUAUCUGUAUUUAUUAUUUGAUAAUGUAUCAUUUGUGACUUAUCGUUUUCAUUCUGGCCUAAGGGGUGAUAUAUCUGUUUAUGAAAUAAUGGCAGAAAGCAAGUUAUGCUUUUAUUUACCACAACAGUUAUUAAACAUAUGGAUACUUGAAGAAAAGGAACUUUUACAAGAAGUAUCAGGAAUGGGUGAAUUAUCUGAACCUUGGCACUCAAAACAAGUAGAACUACUUGACCGACAUUUGCAAUUAUUACAUUUGUAUUCACAAGCCAAACAAAAUCUCGAAAAUCAAAAGGGGGUUCAUUUUAAACCAAGUUCGCGUAAAAAUGAUCGUUCUUUAGAGUUUGCACCAACAAACUUACAUUUACAACGCAUUUGGGUUCAAAAUGAUACUCUAAAAAAGAGUGGAUUUUAUGAUACAAUUACAGUUGGCGCAUUUACAGCACAUUCACAUAAAUCUAAAACUGGAGGAUUGAUAAAAUUAUUACAACAACUCAAAGAAGCACCUCUUAAAACAAACAGCCAUGCCAUGGCUAGUAGUAAAAUAAAUAUGGCGUUUGAUGCCAUUCAAGCAAUUAAACUUCUAAGACGAGAGGUGGUAGAUGCAAUGAAAAAUUUGUUAAAUUUAGCAAAAGACAAACAAACUGCAGGAAUGAUGCCAAUUUGUAAUGAUAUGAUAUCCAAAACUCGUAUUUUGCUAAGCCUUUGGGAUCCAAAACUUGUUGAAGAAGCUUUAAAUUUUAUUGAAGAACAUAAAGUGACACCCGUCUUAUCAGAUGACAACGAAUCUAUUAAAAAUACUUCAAAUUAUCAUGUAUCUCCAUUUAAACGUAUAGCGAGCCAGAUAAAUUUUGAUCUUCAAUCACCAGAUACCGAAGAUUUAUAUACUCCGGAAAGCCCAAAAUGUUUGAAGGAUUUGAUGAAGUUUGAUUCAAAAGAAAUCCAAGAAGAACAUGAUUUGAGUGGUAAUGAAGACCAACAACAGUUUAUUGUGUUUCCGGAAUCUAAGGGCGAAAUGGACUAUAACCAAGAAGAUGCAAACCAUAUUGCUGGUUCAAAAGAAAAUUCACUACUGAAUGAAAGCAGCAAUGGUAUGAAAACAGGUCAAUUUUUGGACACAUACUCAAUGUGUAAUUCACCGUCAGCCAACUACUAUAAGCCAACUGAAGAACCAGAACCUUGGGAACUUACUCAGUUGAAUAUUGAAGCUAGUAUUAUGUGUCUUGUGAGCAAAGUAAAAUUUUUGUGUGGCCGUUGCAAUAGUCCAGCAGUGAGGUUAAGGUCUCAAAGAAGUCGUAGYUUUCGUUCAAAUUCAUUAACAAAUCAGGCAACAAAUUGUCAUCAGCCUGUGAGCUUGGAUUCUAAAAUUACUCAAGUUGACAAUAGUGAUCCACAUACAACAAUUAAUAACAAUGCACCUUCUAGAAACAAGUUUACAGAAGGACUUGAUUUUAACCUUAUGACUGAUUGGGGUUCUGAAUUAAAACCAAGUAUGCGUAAACUUCGUCAAGCUAUGGAYGGACUUUUAAAAACUGCUAGACUUACGCAUAGUGUUUUUAGAGUACAAGAGGAUAAACGGUCAGCUGAAAGGUCAUGCAAUGUUCGUUACCGUAGACAUGUUUGUUUUUCACAAGCGUUGACUGCUCUGGUUAGUGGUUUGAUGGCGAGAUUGUGGUGUCAAAAACCUGAACCUGAAUUCUUGUAUGUACUGUCUUCAAUUGGUUGCUUAGCCUCUUUUGAAUGUCUAUUAAGUUACUAUGGUAAUGAGAUCGACAUGUGGGGUGACAUGGUUGUUGCCAUCGAAGAUCUUGCCACUGUGAACUUCACCUUAUUACCAUUAUCGCAAGCUGUUAGAGAAAAUCCAAAAGACGAAAUCAUGCCACGAAUUGUUGGUUCUAAGAAUUCYUUAUGUGUUUUAUUACCAGUGCCUGAUUUAAUUCAAUCUUUGUUGCCUUCGAAAAACAUUGCUCCAUUUCGGGUUACACCAGUUUUUUUUAAUAUGGGUAUUAAUGAAAUGGCAACUAUUGCAGAAAAUCUUGGAAAUACAAAACCACAGGAUAGCAGCAAUAUUGACAAUUUUGAAAGAUUAAAUGAAUUCUGUUCAAGAUACCGAAAACUUAAUUUAUCUAAUAAUGGUGAUUGUGAGCGACAAGGAACUUCUGUAGCAGAACUAAUGAGCACUUUAAAAGAUUCAUUACAAAGCAGUAAAAGUAAAAAUGUAGAGAUACUGCAAACAGCAGCUACAGUGUGUCGCCUUUUAAAAGGUUUAAGAUUUACAAGCUGUAAAAGUGCCAAAGAUCGAACAGGUAUGUCUGUUACACUAGAACAGUGUUCUAUUCUGAAUUUGGAAUAUGGACUUGCAGAAAGUGAAAUUCAAAGGGCAUUAGAUUGUAUGAGAAGUGAGGGGUGUAGGAGAGAAAAUGCAUACAAAAACACAGGUGUCAGAAAAUAUGCUUUUAACAGAUUGCAACACUUUACCUUACCACAAAUGUACAGACCUCCGGCAGGUACUUAUGGAUCAAGCCAAACUUAAAUGGUUACCAUGGUUGCUAUACCAUUUUGUUAUUUAUUUUAUUUCAUUUUAUUUUAUUGAUUUUUCUUUCUUUCGAUUGACUAACAAAUUUUUUUUUAACUUAAUAAUGUUCCUAUACUGAGACUGCUGUCUGAUAUACUUAAAACCUCUACAAAUAAUUUUCUUAAUUAGAAAAAMUUCUCUUAUCAUCAUUAUUCAUAUUUAUAAUGAAUUUUAUCUUCAAGAAAAAGAAUAACUACUAUACUCUGUCCCACAAGAGAACCUGCCGAGAACAAUGGGAGAUGUCAGGGAACUUUGAACACGUGGAGGGGAUUUGACGAGCUCAUUUUAAAUUUGCAAGCCUGGCAUAGUUUCUCGUGGGCAUAGGCGGAAAUGGAGAGGGGCUUAGCUCUAAAUAUUGUAAUAGCCCCCCCCCCAAAAAAAAAAAAAAAUGUCAGGUUUCAUGUAAAAUGUGAUUUUAUUUGACUAUAGUUUUUUUUUAGUUAAUUUAGCCCCCUCAGAAAUUUCUUUGGAUUUCCGCCUAUGCUUGUGUGACAUAGUAUAAUUAUUUUUCUUCAUUGGUUUUGUGGUUAGAUUGAAUUAAAGAAAUACAGUAGCCGCCUCUUAUUUUAAAUGAAUCAGACAAAGAGGUUUUUUCUGGAUUAAGCAAAUUAACAAUAGCGGUUGAUUUUGUCCUUGAUAUAUAGAUAUAUGGUAGUUUGUUUUGUCCAGUUAAAGAUUAAAUGGUACAUUCUGUAUUAGUUAUUAAAUUGCGAAGUAAAUUAUCAUUACGCGUUAAAUACUUAUUGAACAUUAAUCUGGUUCUAUGAUAGUAUGACUGAAUGCUAAUUUAGUCUGAUAUUCACAUAGGAUUAUGAAGCAUAUUAUUUGAUUAUUGGAAAACUUUUUGGGAGGGGUUAUACUCAUAAAAAAAUUAAUUAACAGAAAAAAAGAUCUUCACUUUGAAAUAUUUGAUUUUUACAAAUAUUUAGGGAGGAGGGGAGUCACAACUCCCUAAUCCCUCUCUGGUUGCACCAUUGCUUAUCAUAUAUUUGUAUUAUGUGCUGGGUUGCAUGAACAAUGAACAUCACUAAACAUUUUACAAAACAAUUGUAAGCAAAUUGUCCCUUGAACAUGAUUUAGCGCUUCAAAAUUAGUCCAUUUCAUUUUAUUGAACCAUUAAAUCAAUAAAGUUUCCAUGUAAACUGAAUUCAAUAUAUACAAAAAUAGGUUUAUACGACAAUUGAUAUUAUUUGAUCCUGUA